AUGAUGAACCUUGGCGAAACGAAGGAGGCGCCUUCGGGAGAGGAGGUGAUCUCCAAAGACAUAGAUACAUACUCUGUCUCCGGAACCACUAAUAGUGAACAAAUUCAUCCUUUGAAUCAGUCAGACACCCGUCGCAGCGGCACUGCUCCAGCCAGUGAUGCGGAGAGCAGGCAAGAUGAUGUUUUGAGUCGAUACUACACCAACCGGUCAAACUCUGGCAAGGAGAUACCACCGAUGGGUGGCGACAAGCCAUUCCCACCUAUGUUUGAGGACGCCGAAGCGUACAAGGUUGAAUUCCAGGGACCGGACGACCCAUUGAACCCCAUGAAUUGGAAAAAUAGCCGUAAGUUGCUGCUUGGUAUGAUCAUGGCAUACAUGACAGUUGUUCUUGCUUGGGGUUCUUCUGUUAUGGCUGCUGGCAUCCCUGUAAUCAAGGAGGUUUUCCAUGUUGGUCAAGCAACUGCUGCUCUGGGCAUUUCGCUAUAUGUUCUGGGGUUUGCUACGGGUCCCAUCAUUUGGGGCCCUCUGUCAGAGGUGUAUGGUCGUUAUAUCCCGAUGCUCGUUUCUUAUAUCUUCUUUACCGCAUUUACUUUCUGGACCGCCACAGCUGAUCACUUUUACCAUCUGAUUUUGUACCGUUUCUUUGCAGGUGCUAUCGGUUCCGCACCUUUGGUAAUUGUUGUUGCAUCCUUUGCUGAUAUGUUCACCGUCGAAGUGCGUGGAAGGGCAUUGGCCCUGUUCUCUCUUUGCAUGGUAACAGGUCCCAUUUUAGCUCCUGUUGUUGGCGGAUACAUUGUUGCCUCUUACUUGGGCUGGCGCUGGCUUUUCUACAUUACGGGUAUUAUGGCAUCUCUUGGUUUGGUCUUGAUGAUUUUCUUCCUCCGAGAGACUUUCCACCCUAUUAUUCUUUCUAAAAAGGCCGUGGACCUCCGUCUUCGAACAGGUAAUAUUAUGAUUUAUGCCCAACAUGAGAAGAAUGUCCCCGAUAUCAAGGAAAUCGCUGGUCGUGUUCUUAUUCUUCCCAUUAAAAUGUUGUUCCAGGAGCCUAUUCUCUUCUUGAUGUCUCUUUACCAUGGCUUCGUUUAUGGUAUCUUGUACCUCACUCUUGAGGUUGUGCCUAUCAUUUUCUCGGAGAAAUACCAUUGGAAGGGUGGAAAUAUUAUGCUUCCUUAUCUGGGUUUCGUUGUCGGUGGUAUCAUUAUGAGCUUCGCAAACGUAUUCUUCUUCGAUCCCAAAUUCCGUCGUGACCUUCGGGCAAGUGGUAAGCCCAUUCUUCCUGAAGCUCGACUCCCUCUCUGCAUGGCUGGUGCAAUUGAGUUUCCUAUUGCCAUUUUCCUUCUUUGCUGGACGGGAAAUUACAGAGUCCACUGGAUCGCACCUUCGAUUGGUAUGGCUUUCUUAGGUGGCGGCUUAGUAUCUCUUUUCGUUGGCAUCAUUAAUUACACAGUGGACACUUACACUUUCCUUGCAGCAUCCGCUAUGGCUGCAAACACAUUUACCCGUUCUGGAAUGGCUGCAGCAUUCCCGAUUUUCGCAUCAGCCAUGUUCCACAAUCUUGGUGUUGAGUGGGCAGGCACAUUGUUAGGCUGCUUGGCGGUGCUACUCUUACCGUGCCCCUUCAUCUUCUACUACUAUGGAGAACGUAUUCGCGGCUGGUCUAAAUAUGCACCAAAGAUACCCGCCCCUCCUAAAAAAGAAGAGCCUGCAGAUGACGCUUAA